AUGUUUGUGGGGCGCAAGUUGGGAGAAGGUGCGUGUGAAGGGGAGACGUAUAGGGGGGAGACGUUUGUGGGGCACAGGUUGGGAAAAGGUGCGUAUGAAAGGGAGACGUUCGGGGGGGAGACGUUUGUGGGGCGCAGGUUUGGAGAAUGUGCGUGCGAAGGGGAGACGUUUUUGGCGCGCAGGUUGGGAGAAGGAGCGUGUGAAGGGGAGACGUUUAGGGGGGAGAUGUUUGUGGGGCGCAUGUUUGGAGAAUGUGCGUGUGAAGGGGUGACGUAUAGGGGGGAGACGUUUGUGGGGCACAUGUUGGGAGAAGGUGCGUGUGAAGGGGUGACGCUCAGGGGGGAGAAGUUUGUGGGGCGCAUGUUGGGAGAAUGUGCGUGUGAAGGGGAGACGUUCAGGAGGGAGACGUUUGUGGGGUGCAGGUUGAGAGAAGGUGCGUGUGAAGGGGAGACGUUGAGGGGGGAGACGUUUGUGGGGCGCAGGUUGGGAGAAGGUGCGUGUGAAGGGGAGACGUUUAGGGGGGAGACGUUUGUGGCGCGCAGGUUCGAAGAAGGUGCGUGUGAAGGGGAGACGUUUAGGGGGCAGACGUUUGUGGGGCGCAGGUUCGGAGAAGGUGCGUGUGAAGGGGAGACGUUUAGGGGGGAGACGUUUGUGGGGCGCAGGUUGAGAGAAGGUGCGUGUAAAGGGGAGACGUUUAGGGGGGGAGAUGUUUGUGGGGGGCACAGGUUGGGAGAAGGUGCGUGUGAAGGGGGGGAGACGUUUGGGGGGCGCAGGUUCGGAGAAGGUGCGUGUGAAGGGGAGGCGUUUAGGGAGAAGACGUUUGUGGGGCGUAGGUUCGGAGAAGGUGCGUGUGAAGGGGAGACGUGUAGGGGGGUGACGUUUGUGGGGCGCAGGUUGGGAGAAGGUGCAUGUGAAGGGGAGACGUUUAGGUGGGAGAUGUUUGUGGGGCGCAGGUUGGGAGAAGGUGAGUGUGAAGGGGAGACGUUUAGGGGGGAGACGUUUGGGGGGCGCAGGUUCGGAGAAGAUGCGGGUGAAGGGGAGACGUUUAGGGGGAAGAUGUUUGUGGGGCGCAGGUUCGGAGAAGGUGCGGGUGAAGGGGAGACGUUUAGGAGAAUGUGCGUGUGA